AUGGCCAGUGUGAAUCAGGCUCGACGCCAAGCUCGUCGAUCCUCGGCUGUUGGUCUACUCAGCGUGGACGAUGAGAACAUCUAUGGAGACAACGCCAACAAGUAUGGCAAGAAAACAAAGGGGUCAUUCUUGUCUAGGGUGAAGCAAAAUGUGGGACAGAAGCUUGAAGCAGCCAAGACCAAGAAGAUCAGCAUGAACGGGGGCGUGAAUAUGCUGGUUUCCAAGAGUGGCCACUCCUAUUCUGCCGAGCAAGAAGCUGACUCGGAUGAGUGGGAGUCAGAGGAUGACUUUGAAAGCAACGACGACGGCUUUGAUGCUGAUCAAAUUGACGACGGGUCGAACCAGAACUCCGGCUUUGAUCAGUCCUUCGAUUUUCCGAACGCCUUUGGUGCCAGUGAUGACCAACCCAAAGAACUUGACGCUUCACAGCAUUCCUUUUUCGACGACAAUGGGUCAGAGCAGUUAGUUGCACGAUCAUCUACUGUCAAUAAGAGCUCGGGUAUCAAGGCUCGUUCACAAGAAGGCUCAAAAUUUCGUGCCCAUCGUCGUACCAAAAGCUUGGAUGAUGCUCUCCAAGGUGGGGUCUGUAACGAAAAGCGAAAGUCCAACGACGAUCUAUUGUCGAGGCGGCUAGAAGACAACAACUUGACAAAGAUCAAAUAUGGAGACGAAGCUUCCAUCUUGCAAUUUAACCCGAUGAAGCAGCAGGCGUUACCUCCAAAAGAUGAGUUUCAGAGUGAACCAUUCAGUGUUGCUUCUGCCAACAAUGAGGUGAUGGAAGAAGAUCCUCACUCAAAGUCGGAACAAUUCACCCUUGACGAAAAUGGCGACAAUAGCAAGCAGGACAAAACUAAGAAAAAGAUACGACAGAACAAAUCCACGCCCAGCGACAAGGUAAUGCGGAGGGCGCAACGACGAAGCGCCGGGGGGACGUCCACAGAUGAACAAGAUGUAGGUCGUAUAGCACCAGACAUUAGAAAUGUGAGAAGGACCAAGAGUGCAGAUGACACUCCAUUUGACAUGUCAGAGGUCGACGAGAAGAAAUCUCAGAAAAAACGAAGUUCACGAUCCACCAAACGGAACUCAUCGUCCCAUUCCAAAACCAUGAACUCGUCAUCCCACCAUUCCAAAACCAUCAAUGCUUCGUCCCAUUCCAAGACGAGCUCUCGUAAAAAGAAGAGCAGCGCAUCAAAACGGGCAUCCAAAGAUCUGCCAAAUUCCAAGGCGGAGGCAACGCCAACUCCACCCGAGAUCACCCAACCAUCCACCUUGGACGUUAGAUUCUAG